UGGGCCUCAGCCUUAUACAAACCACAUCCUCUUCCAAAUGAGAAGCAGCAAACACAAUACGGCGUCUUCUCCUUGUAUGAUAGAAGCUCGUCGUAACACCAGUGAGGACAGUAGAACAUAAUCAACCACCUCUCUCUCUGAAACCACCUCUCUCUCUCUCUGAAAAACGUCAGAUAUGCUACUCCGAUGCUCCUUCACAAGACCCCAUCACCUCUCGUGGCUUUUCUCUCCUCCCCCAUUGAACCACCACCUCUCCUCCUCCCUCUGUCUCUCUAGCAGAUGGCGACUCUUCUCAAUCCAAGCCUCCUCAACCUCAAUCUCUUCCUCUUCCUCCUCUUCAAGCUCUGCAUCCUCACCUCCAAAACCCUCGAAAGAAACCCUAAACUUCGUGAAAAGAGCUCUCUUUGUUCCACCUGGAGUAGAGACAGACAACGUUUCGGAGGAAAUGGUUCUUCCUGGUUCGAAUAUAGUGAUUGGGCCUUAUGCCGGUGACGCUCAGAUAAAGCAGGUGGAUUUUGUGAAGAGCAGUAGCAGGCCUCGUGAUUGCCCCAAAGAUGGUUUACCCGAGUUUGCGAUUCUUGGUCGAUCGAAUGUCGGGAAAUCAUCUCUCAUCAAUGCCCUAGUUCGAAAGAAGGAAGUUGCCCUAACUUCCAAGAAACCGGGGAAGACUCAACUUAUAAAUCACUUUCUGAUCAACAAAAGUUGGUACAUUGUGGAUUUGCCUGGUUACGGGUUUGCAAAUGCACCCGAAGCUGCUCGAAUGGACUGGUCAUCCUUCACCAAGGGCUACUUUCUCAACAGGGAAACUCUUGUUGCAGUCUUGCUUCUUGUUGAUGCCAGUAUUCCUCCUCAAAAGAUUGAUCUGGACUGUGCUAAUUGGCUCGGACGCAAUAAUAUCCCAUUGACUUACGUAUUCACGAAAUGUGAUAAGAAGAAGUCAGGUAAAGGGAAGCGGCCUGAUGAGAACAUCAAAGAUUUUCAGGAGUUUAUCAAGAAAUCUUAUCGGGAGCCUCCACCAUGGAUCAUGACCAGCAGCUUCACAGGCUUAGGAAGGGAUGAACUUUUGUUGCAUAUGUCACAGUUGAGGAACUAUUGGGAUAAUUAGCGGUUCUUCAACCAAUUUCAUGGGUACCUGCAAUUUUCCUUUGGCCCGAUAGUGCAUAAUGGCUAAGCCCGACUCUGUAUAUAUCCAAUUUGGAUUGAAGUACUGUUUCCUAGAGAGGAAAAUGUAUUCUUGUAAAAGAUUUUGUCAUGUUAUGAUGAAUUGGUUUUAUUCA